GUCGGAAACUGCAGAGGAUCCACACGCAUCGUCGUAUAAGCAAUUGUGCAGGUGAUUUUCUUGUGUCAGACGGGGGCCUAAAUCUCAACAUUUUAUGCACGGAGCAACGACGUUUACUGUGGAGAGUCGCAACUGCUUCUACCUGACAGCAAAAUGGAUCCCGAAGGAGCCAAAAAACACGACGUGCUGUUUAUCUGCAUGUCAGUACUUUUUACAGCUGCGCUUAUCCUAACACUGGUCAUAAACGCCUUCUCAACUACCAUUGGUAUCGAAAUUGGUUGGUUCCUGAACAUCACUGGAGACAUCUCAGACAAAUACUACAUGGAGAUCACACCGGCCGGAUGGACAUUCUCCAUCUGGGCUGUUAUCUACGUGUUCGAGGGUCUCUUCGCUCUGUAUCUCCUGAUCUCACUCUUCCGACGCAACGACCAAGGCCCCGUCUACCGCAAUCCGCCCGUGAUCAACUCCCUAAUGUUGCUGUUUUACACUCUCAACCUGGGUAUUAAUGUGUCUUGGCUCUUCGUGUGGGACCGAGAGCUGAUGCCGGUGGCUGUGGCGCUUUUAGCUCUGCUGCCAUUCACGCUCUAUCUGGUGCUUAUUAUCAAUCAUCGACUGGUGGACCAAUCCGGCAUCAACUUGAGGAAUAACCAUAGGAUUGACCUCAUCGCCGUGAGAAUAAUCAUCCAGAAUGGCCUUGCCACGUACGCCACCUGGGUCACCAUAGCGACUUUGAUCAACUUUGCCAUCGUGCUCCGCUACUGGGGAGGGAUGAGCCAAUCCGACGCCAGCACCGUCAGCCUCUCUAUCCUCCUCGUUGAGGUCCUGGUGUACUUCGUACUGGAAAACAUCGUUUUUGAGAAGUACCUCCGCUACACCUACACUGUCUGGAUGGUGGCCAUCUUUGCCCUCUCUGGCAGCAUAGCCGGGAACUGGAGCAUAGGAAGCCGCAACUCCAUCUUUUCAGUCGUGCUCCUGGCUCUGGCGGGCGCUCUGUUCAUCGUCAAGAUUGCACUUUCCAUUGGGCGGUCUUAUACCAGACCUCUAUAUGUUAACCAAGUGUCAGAAUCAAAGGAGGAACUUGAAUUGGCUUGAGUUCAAUACAUGGGAGCACAUUUCUGUAAAAAGAGGCUCAAGGAUACACACUAUCCAAACCAUCUCAAGGCACUGGAUAGUAACUCCUACAGAUGUGAUAGCAAGCGAAAUGUAAUAUCACUCCGUUAUUGACCUUCUGCACUUGAUCGCUGCAGUUGUAAAGCAAAAAUUUUGUAUUGUUACAAUGGAUUGAAGCGUAUCUAUCUAAGCAGCUUGCCAGUGCAGCCUCUCUUUGAACAAAGCCGUGAAAAGAACACAUCGAGGAAAGGCCCCAUGCAUGUAUAAAAACCUAGAUUAUUCGAUUAUCCUUCAAUUUACCUCGUCGACUUAAUUCAUAAUAGGAGGUUAAUAAUCUUUUCGCUACAUUUGCAUCAUCAGAAUCGAAAUGAUUUCGCAAGAGAACUUAAUCUUGGAAUGAACACAACCAUUUCCAAAAGUGUAGUUCAACCUACACAAGAGAGUAAUUAACUUCUAAAAGUUUAAUUCUGUUUCCUGAUUCAUACCACAUCUUUCAUCUAAAGUGAUCAUCAAGUCAGAACGAGAUACUUCAUAAACUAACAAGGCUGGAUUUGUAUUCUUGUCAAUGGUAACGCACCACUUUUUUACGAUCAAAUAUUGUGGGGAAUAUUUUAUUUUACGUGUGGCUCAAGUCUUGUCAAUACAAGCAACUUCUUUGGGAGAAGUAUAAAAACAGACAACAGUUAAUUAUUGUAAAAUAGUAAAGGUUUUCAAAAUUGUUUGAUUAAUUUCAUUAAAGUAAAACUGCCAAAGAAACUGGUGUAAACAAAAGGUUAUACGAGGAGGGUUUCGGAAAAUAUCCCGUCCUUUGUCUUCAUUUACCGGAUGUCGCCCAUGGACUCCGUGUAGGCCUACGUACAGAACACAACAAAAUGUCAAAACAUCCGGAAAUGCGCGGGGUCGGCAUGUACGCAUGAGCCUAAAUUUAAUGGGAGUCAAUGACACGUGCAGGGGGAAAUUACCACAUGUCGUCUUGAUCUUGUCUUAAUCUUCAUCAGAGUUAAUGCUAGCGCAAAGCAGAAAGCCCUCAAGGUACACACAUUUACAAAGUAAACAAUGCAUUUAAGGGAAGAAUUAAACA